GUGCUGGCUCUGGACUGAAUAAAAUAGAGAAAACAAGCUAAACUCCAGUGUUCAUACAUCCUCACUGCCGACUGAACGACCAACUGCUUCAAGCUCCUGGUGCUGGGCUUCCCUGCUGUGAUGGACUGUAACUUUGAUCUCACGGAAGAACAGAAACUUGGAUACUUUCAGACAAGAAAAGCUUCCUAUAUAGUAAACUUGGCAUUGAGCAUGUGCCAGACGAAAGGCACCUGUGGAGAGAGGAGAUGGACGCCUACAAUCUUACCACAGUGACUCAGUUCAUCCUCAUAGGACUCUCUGACCUCCCUGAGGUGCGCUACCCUCUCUUUGUGGCCUUCGCCAUCAUCUACCAGAUCACUGUGCUGGGAAAUGGGGCCAUCCUCUUGGCCAUUGGGGCAGAGAAAAAGCUUCAAACUCCCAUGUAUUACUUUUUGGCAAAUCUGUCCCUCCUGGACAUCUUCUGUCCAUCAGCUACUGUCCCCAAGAUGCUCCAGAAUCUCUUGACUGAGGAGAACAGCAUUUCUUUGGUUGGGUGUGCCUUGCAGCUUUUUUUCCUCGUGGCCCUAGCUGGAACUGAAGUUUUCCUGCUGGCUGUAAUGGCCUAUGACAGGUAUGUGGCUAUCUGCUUCCCUCUGCGUUACUCCCUCAUCAUGACCAAGGUUCGCUGUGGGCAGCUGAUAUCUGGGACCUGGGCAGCUGGGUUCCUCAAUUCACUCCUCCACACAGUGUCCACCUUCAGUCUGUCUUUCUGCAAGUCCAACCGAGUUAACCAGUACUACUGUGACAUCCCACCAGUGGUGGCCCUGUCAUGCUCUUCCACCUACAUGGCAGAAGUGCUGGUUUUAGUGGUAGGAGGGAUCUUGGGAGUCAGUGCCUUCCUGACCACCUUGAUCUCGUAUGUGUACAUCAUCUCCACCAUCCUGAAGAUCCAGUCAGUGGAAGGGAAGCGCAAAGCCUUCUCCACGUGUGCUUCCCAUCUUCUUGUGGUCUGCUUGUUUUAUGGCACAACCAUAUUUACCUACAUGCGUCCAUCUUCCACUCAACAUUCUCCUGCUAGAGAUAGGCUGAUCUCUAUGCUCUAUGGGGUUAUUACCCCCAUGUUAAAUCCCAUGAUCUACAGUCUGAGGAACACAGAGGUCAAAGGAGCACUGAGAAAGGUUUUGUGUGGUGGAAUAUGUUUACAUAAAGCAUAA